UUAUGUGGCGCAUAUCUAUUUGGUGCCUCUGUACUAAUGUUUAUGUGUUUAAAUAAAUAAACAAAUACUGAUAAAUGGUUGUGUAGUUUAGUUUAUUUGAACUAGUCUUACAUUUUAUGUACGUUGAUAAUCACUUUAAAUGUCAUUCAUUCUACUAAAGUUGAUAAAAUCUUAAUUUUUCAUAAGGUUUCUCACUCAUAUUGUUGGGAAUGACCUAAUGAAAGUAAGAUAUUCUUGUCCUGAAACGAAUGAGUAAAUCUAUUCUCUAAUCAUCCUUCAAUAGAUUUCGUUGUUGCACAUAAAUAACUGUAAUAAAAGAUUAAAACACUAGCAUUAUCGUGUAUAAAAUACUCAAAGCUACACGUGGUAAAUUGUUAUUUUUCAUUUAUUGGGAUCUUACUUCAAGCUUGUCACAAUUAGUUAUGAUUAUAUGUCUAAAGUGAUAUUUAAAAAAAUCAUUACAUUGGGCAGUAAUAGGACUGAAUGCUUCUUAGUGUGAUAGCUGCUCGAACACUUCUCCCUGACAAUCCUUAUUGUCUGAUAACCUCACAUUCUUACAUGUAUUAAGUUUCAUUGUGAGGGUUAAGUAUUUCAUAUAUUGAACUUAUUUGACUAUACCGUUCAUUAUGGAUUCUGUUUCUCACCAUGACUCAGUAGUAAUUUGAGGAUUUAAAUACAUUCAAGUAGUUAUUAUCGCGAGAUAUUCUUUGGAAAUUAACCAUGUAUUAAGUUAACCAAUAUAUUAGUCUGAUAAUUUCGUUAUGUUUACAUUCUUUAUAGGUCCGAUGCCGAUUUCAGUGGAUAGAGAACGCCGUGCUAACGCCGGAGCCCGGAUGGCUCGGUUGUUGAAUGAAGAGGAGGAGGAUGAAUUCUAUUCCAAUAUUUAUGGUGGAUUUGCAGAAGAAGAAGAAGAUGCCGAUUAUCAAUCAGAAAGUUCAGUUGAAGAUGUAAUUGACUCUGAUUUCGCUGAUGAAAGCAGUGGAUCUGAUGAAGAUGACGCAACAGCAAUAGCAUCGGACGAUGAUGAGAACAAACGCCAAAAGCGUCAAUCUAAUCGUGUUGUUACAAAAGGUUACAAAGAACCUAAACGUGCUAAAAUUACUCGUCCUCAAGAAAAUAAAUUACCUGAUAAGAAGGCUAAUAGUGAUAAAAGUUUAACUGAUUCUCAGAGUAAAUCUACCGUACAGAUUAAAGAUAAGCAACAACAGAUAACAAUAACAAAGAAAACUUCAGGGCAAAUUUCAACUUAUGAACGACCAGAAUUACGGGCAAGCACAUUACAAGCUACAGCUGAUCAAGAAGCCGAAACCACGCGUAGACGAAUAGCCACUGCUGAGAAUACAGCUGUUCGCCGUAAAGCGUUACUAGCCGAAAUCGCUCAGCGCAAAAAUCUUCCGGAAGUUCGGCGUUUAACUCAAGAAGAAUUGUUGGCUGAGGCAAAAAUCACGGAAGAAAUUAAUCGUCGUUCUUUAGCUCGAUAUCAACGCCUAGAAAUUGAAAAGAAAAAAGCACGCAUUCAGAAAACGGUCAAUUCCACUCCAAUGAUUCGUUAUCAUUCAUUUACUGUUCCAAUUAUCGAGGAACAGCACAAUAUAUACGGAGUGUUAGCUAGUAAUGAUGAUGAGUCAUCUAUUCGAGCUGGUCCGAUAAUUACAGAUCAUUCAGCCAAAUGUUCAAGAAAUCUAAUAACAUUUGCUAAUGAUGCAUGUUUUCGUGAUUCAAUGCCUGAAACAGUCACUCCACUUCCAGAACCUGGUUGCCCUGCUCCUACUCCUAUACGUCCAGAGCGUCGUUUACGUAUAUGUCCAAUUACUGGUUUACCAGCACGUUAUUUAGAUCCAUUAACUUUAACACCAUAUGCUAAUUUAGCCGCAUUUCGUGUACUUCGACGCUUAUAUUCCAUACAUUUAGAAACAAAAAAACCACCAAUAGAAUUGUUACGUGAAUAUCGGCAUGGUCGUUAA